GCCGCGUCCCCGCACGAUCAAGACUCGAGGAAGGGCUGGUUACUAUCAUCCCCGUCUACUACAUUCAGUUCAAACAUGGACCUUCGCCAGCAUUUACCGGAGUCCUAUUACCUUGAUGCAGUCAACACAAGAAUGGUAUCACGAGUGCCAGUGGCAUGUCAGUUAUCACCACAUCGGGCUCGACGUCAGCUCUCUAUCUCGUCAGAAAGCUCUGCACCAGAUCUGGUAGAAGAUAUUAUAGGAACAUACGGUUCGGAUACUUCGUACGAUGAUGAUGACUACGAGUAUCACACUUCCGGUGCUGCCAUAUGGGACUCCUGGCUGGCAAAGGAUUCUGGGAGCAGCGCCUCGUUUCAUACUGAUCCGGCGAUUCGAUCACCACUACGGACUCAAUACCCAAACCUCUCGUCGUGCAGCAUCAACUUCGCAACACCAAACCUCAAACCCAUUUACUCUUCUGGUGAUCUCCACCGAUCAUAUGUCGUUCGCCCACCCCACCCCGCCGUUCGUCCUCCAGCAAAACAGCACAUAUACUCUACUCCGCCUCCACUCCUGCCACCCAACCCACCGCCACGUGACACUCGAGAAACAUGGCCUCUGCGCAAUGAAUCGAUCCCUUUCCGUCCACGUUCCCACACCACAUCAUUAGAAUCAGGAUUCAGGUCGACAAGCAACCUCAGUAUACGCACAGCUUUCGAACCACAUCCACUCCGCACCUGCUCACGCAACAGUCCCGCCUCAUACUCGCUCUCUACUCUUUCCUUGCCACAAUGCGAGCGGCAGCAAUCAUUCGUGGCGCUACCUACGAACCUCAGGGAAGAGAAAUCCGUCUUCGAAGACUGGGAUGAGCCGAAAGCCGGCCGCUGGCUGCAGCGAAACCACAAGCGGAAACGACGCUUGAAUGGCGAGAAUGCGGCGGCGGGGAAAGACGGGGAGAAGAAGAGCAACAAGGAAAAGAAGAAUGGAGGCGGUUUGCGGAAGUCUCUGACUACCGCUAGGGAGGUUUUGAAAGGGGUUUUCCGUGGAGAGAGUUGAGGAGGUUGGUUUGGCGUGGUGGGUUUGAAAUGGCGUUGGGCUUAUGAUGAGAUGAUUGAUUGAUAUCCCUUGAUUGUGUUCUGGUUAAAGCUUAAGGGGUGUUAGGGUGUGGAUUACGGAGAGAAGUGUGGUAUUGGUGUUUGGUUUGAGCUUUAAAGGGUCUGAAUGGGAAAUGGGAAAUGGUGUCAGUGGAACACGAGAUAGAAAAAGGCAUUCCUUCGCAGACCAAUGACAAUACCAAAUAUUCUAUUUGGAUAAACGCCCUCCGUGAACGU